UAUUCGUACAUGCCUGCAAACAACACUGGCUGGCUGGUUAACGAAAGUUCCCGAACUCCACCGGCAUUUCCCGGAACUGUGUGCGGCAAAUGUACAGGAGGAAACACGUGGCCAGGCACGCUUAUCAACUGCAUACUAUAGAUCAAAAUAUUGUAUUAAAAAUCUGGCUGCUUUACAUCCUAAUUGAAUAUAGUAUAUUUGAAUAGCCCGACGAGUUAUCUCAGUUCGUUCAUCAUGACGUUGAUGUGCUACAACAAAGGUUGCGGACAACGAUUUGACCCAGACGACAACGCUGGUGAUGCCUGUACCUUUCACCCUGGCGUGCCUGUUUUUCACGAUGCUCUUAAGGGCUGGUCCUGCUGCACGAGACGCACCACGGACUUCUCAGACUUCCUCAGCAUAGAGGGCUGCAGCAGAGGUAUCCAUAACAGAGAGAAGCCAGUGGAGCCGAUCCUGCCGGAGGUGACGAGCUCAGAGGGGAGGAGAGAGAAGGGGGAGGAGCUAAAGCCUCGUGGUGACCCCUAUAUCAUUCAGGCUCCUAAACCACUAGAGCUGAUACACAGACCCAGUGGUGAUGAGCCCCUGGUCAGACUUCAGCAGAAGGUGUUCUCCUCUCUGAGACAGGCUCUGGAGAAACUGCAGCUGGCAGAGAACGGACAACCUCGCAACACAGAGGAAGAGGGGGAGGAGGUGAAGAUUGGCACGUCCUGUAAGAAUGGAGGCUGCUCCAAGUCUUUCUCUGGUCCAGGGAGUAACGAGGAGAAGUGUAAACACCACCCUGGAGUCCCUAACUUCCACGAGGGGAUGAAGUUCUGGAGCUGCUGUAGGAGGAAGACGUCUGACUUUAACUGUUUCCUGGCCCAGGAGGGCUGUACCACAGGAAGUCACCUCUGGAGGAAACCAGACAAGGGGAUGAAGGUGGUACCGUGUAGGUUUGAUUGGCACCAGACAGGCGGCCAGGUCAUCAUCUCGAUCUAUGCCAAGAACUCUCUACCAGAGUUCAGCUAUGCAGAGGCCAACGGCACCACGGUGAUCAUCCGUGUGGUCUUUGAGGGGUUUGAGCAGAAGAUCAACUUAUGGGGGGUGAUCGAUGUGAGUAGCAGCGUGGUGAACAUGAUGUCUUCCAAGAUGGAGAUCUCUAUGGGGAAGGGGGAGCCAAUCACCUGGGCCCGUCUGGACCUACCCUCUCCCACAGACAUGCCCACUGAGGGGGGGAAUGGGAUUGGAAAGGCGUAGAACUAGACAGAAUGAAAUCAAUCACAUGGUACAUGCUCCUCCCAUAUGUUUUAGUGAACCUGUUGAAGAUCGGCUGAGAGCAGUAUUUAUUUCUGACAUUCUACUCAGAAUGCGGAGGCUAAACUUCACUGAAACACUGUCUGAAGGCGACAACCAUCAGGUCAUCCUACUGAAACACAGUAACCAUCAGGUCUUCCUACUGAAACACAGUAACCAUCAGGUCUUCCUACUGAAACACUGUCUGAAGGCGACAACCAUCAGGUCAUCCUACUGAAACACAGUAACCAUCAGGUCAUCCUACUGAAACACAGUAACCAUCAGGUCUUCCUACUACCUCCUCACUUGAAAAGAGAUGCAGGCAGCUAUCACCCUAGCAUCCCUCAUCAGGAUCUGUAUCUAAGGAGCAAUUGGGGACAGCCAGUCAGAAUGUAAACUGUUCUCAAACACCCACACACACCAGAGGAGGACAGGCUCAUUGGAAUGGCUGGAAGGAAUUGAACAAAGUCAAAUGUGGUUUCCAUAUGUGUUUGAUACCUUUUCAUUUAUGACACACACACACAGUCCUUCUGUUCUUUGUCAAUUGCAUGUGAGAAUAUUUGUGCCAUUUAUUGAUAUUAGUGGCCUUCCAGAAAAUGUAACCUGUCAAAUGAAGUUCUCUUGCUUUAACAGUCUUUUUGUUUAGGGUUUUAAUUGUUUUUGCUCACUUCUGAGAUCUGUGAUUUAGUUUCACUCUUUACUUGCUGUAGUUAGUUUUAUUUGCCUUGUAUGAAAACAAUGUUCUCUCCCACAGACUUAAUAAACCUCUGAACCUACAUUGUAA